AUGGCCCCAAUCCGACCAAAUCCGACACUUUCCGACGAUCUCAUCAGCGAGAUUCUCGUUCGCGUGCCAGUGAAAUCUUUACUUCAGUUCCAAUUAGUCUCCAAGACCUGGCUUUCCCUGAUCAAAGACCCCGCUUUGGUCAAAGCGCAGCUCCGCCGAGCAAUCGCAACCGAAACUGAUCAAACCCUUAUCAUGACCCGCGAGACAUAUUUGACAGAUACCGAAAAUGCUACACUGCAAUUCUCAGUCUUCGACGUUGAUUCUCGUCAAAUUGUGGCUGAUCUCAAGUAUCCGUAUACUCAAGGCGAGUCUGAACAAGUAGGUCCUGCGUUUACACUUGUCGGUUCUGUUAACGGCAUUGUUUGUGUUGUAUUCCACCACAAUCUAAGUGAACAUAGUUUCUAUCUUUGGAAUCCUGCUACUAGACAAUCAAGAGUUGUUCCGGCAUGUGCCUUGAGUACUUCCCGCGCUAUGGGUUUCGGUUAUGAUCCGGUAGAUGAUGAUUACAAGAUUGUUAGUGUGGUAUCGGGGCCUUCGCUUCCUACUGAGGUGUAUUCGGCUAACAGGAAUGUAUGGCGAAAAGUUCCUGAUGAGGAUUAUAAGAUCGUUAUGUCUGGAAUCGACUUUCUAGGCAAUUUUAAUGUGUGUGUUAACGGAUUAUUAUUUGGUGUCAAGAAAGAUGCAUUGAUGGUGUUUGAUUUGAACACGGAGGUGUUGAAUUGUGCUAUUAAGCUCCCUCGUGAUGUUGCUGCAGCUAUUGUAGCUGCUCGUGCGGUUACUGCUGCUGCUGUCGGUGGUCUCAACAUUGUCAAUUCUUAUGAAGCUCAUCCUAAAACUCAUAUUAUCGAGUAUAAUAAGUCUGUUGCUGUUAUAAUGCUGUGGGCUAAUGCAUUGAAUGAUGAUAGGACUGGUCAGGGAUUCAACAAGGCGAUUAACAUGUGGAAGUUGGAAGAUGAUUCAUGCCUUCGAGGUGGUGGAGUUGAGGCAUCAUGGACGCUAAUGUUUAGUAUUGAUUUAGCAAUGCCAACAGAACUUUUUAAUGGCUAUUUCAGCAAUGGGGAUCUCCUACUACUGAUAGGAUAUGAAGAUUACAGGUGGAUCUCGUGUAAUGCCAGGAAGAAAGAGGCUAGGAUUGCUCGAGUUUAUAUAUUGGAAGAUCAUCGUUACACUCGUUAUCUUUACAGGUACACGGAGAGCCUAGUUUCACUCGCAGGAUUCAAAUUACAAAUUAGCUGGAAUCGUGGCUAUGGUGAUAAUUAA